CCUGUGAGGGAGACAUACAAAAUGUGCAGUGGUUGGGUCCACGGGACAGGUUUGAGAGCGGAAUUUUCACAACGGCCCCAAAUCUGUUACGUAACGACUUAAAUCUGGUUUUGAGUGUUACCUCAGCAUAUCGCGAGAUUUACAUAUUGCGAGCAAGCUGGAUGAAGGAGUUCCAAAGGUGGGAACGCGGAGAGAGGGAACGAGCGAGAGAGGGAGGAGCAGGAAGUGACACAGGAAGUAGUUGAUCUAAAAUGGGAGACGAUCGACCUUUUGUCUGCACUGCCCCAGGCUGUGGACAGAGGUUCACCAAUGAGGACCAUUUGGCAGUGCACAAACAUAAGCAUGAGAUGACGCUGAAGUUCGGACAAGCUAGAACAGACACAGUUAUUAUAGCAGAUCAGACACCCACUCCAACACGGUUUCUUAAGAAUUGUGAGGAGGUGGGUUUGUUUAGUGAGCUGGCUGGCUCCUUUGAGCAAGAUCUUCGCAAAACACAGGAGGAGGAGGAGAGGAGAAUUAAGGGCACGCUUCCAGCUCUACAGACACCCACAGAGGUUAAAGAGAGGGAGGGGCCUCUUGAGAUUGACUCCUCCCCUCCAGACAGCCCAGACUCUGCCUCCAGCAUGACAAACAGCAAAGAUACAGUUGCAAUGGCAAAAGAGCCUAUUUCUAUGAGGAAAGCCAAGGAUGUUCCUCCACGAACUGCAGCAAGUUCCACCCCUACACCAACCAUAGUGCGCCCAGGCUCACUCCCCCUUCACCAAGGAUUCGACGCCAUGAACCCAACUCAGCCCUCUCCCACCUCUGUCAUUACCAGGACCCCUCCGUCAAACAGACUCAGUUCACCGUCUGGUUCUUUUCCCAUGCUGAUGCAGCUUCCAAAUGGUCAAACUGUUCCUCUGCUGCCCAGUCCAGGGCAGACUUCAGUCAUAUCGCUUGCCAGAUCAUCAAACCCAGUGCCCAAUAUCCCAGGGAUUCCAGGCCCUCCUAUUGGUGGGAGCAGCAGUGGCUCCUCCUCUCCGUCUGGAUACAGUACACACUCGGAUGCCAAGACGAGGCUAAAAGCAGCACUAUCUCAGCAGAGUCCUAGUGGACCAGCACCAAUACAAAAAACAGAUCAGACUGAGACACCAUCACCUGCUCAACCACAGGUGUCCCCUGCUCCACCAAAAGGAGGCCGUAGGCGACGAGGAGCAGAUAUUGAGCCGGACGAGCGCAGGCGUCGUUUUCUUGAACGGAACAGAGCUGCUGCUUCCCGUUGCCGGCAAAAACGGAAAGUGUGGGUCAAUGCCCUGGAGAAGCGCGCUGAGGAGUUAGCUACUGCUAAUGUUACACUCACUAGUGAAGUUUCUCUGCUGAGGACUGAGGUGACGCGUCUGAAGGAGUUGCUGUUGGCCCAUAAAGACUGCCCUGUUACUGCAAUGCAGAAAAAAGCAUAUCUCGCUGCAGGAGUGGAUGAGAGUUCAGCGUCGGCGUUGGUGAUGCCCGUGUCAGUACCGGCUCCGGUGUCGGUUAACGGUCUGAGCGUGCGUGCGGCAGAGGCUGUUGCUGUUUUAGCGGGAAUGGGUUCGGGUCAGUGGAGUAACGCAGCUGGAGAUGUUUCCUCCCAAUCGCAACCCACAUCCAGAUGAUGAGCAUGUCGUUCAGCCGAUGGGAACUAAAUAUACUCUCAAAGGAGCGAAUCUACCUUUUUCCCCUCGAACUGUCAGUUCUGGUGUUUUUGUAAAUGCUCUCAUGUGACAAAUGGGAACCGAUGUUACCGCGCUCUGACCACACCCUGCUCACCCGUAGCCUAUCACAGACUCUCCCCGAGGCCAAGUAGUGACAUCAUAAGGACGCCCCUGUCAGACUGCACAGGCUAGGAAGCACCGCUGUGGAAAUGAAGUCUCUUCUGUCAUCUCUAUAAAAUACACCUUUACAUAUACUUGUAUAGAUCUUCUCACUAAUGCAUUGAGUUGAUAUUUGUCUCGUUUGCAGGUAUUUUUUAAUUAUUUUGCGUUUUAUUCAAUGGUUUUCUAAUAUAACGAUUCGUUGCAUGAUUCUGGCCACAUUAGAAAGACGAUUACUACACUAUGCAGAUAAGUUUAACACCUACUUUCGCACUUGGUGACGCUAUCUCAUACAUGCGCUUUUCCCAUCUCUCCCAGUUUCUCUUUCUCGCUUUUCCUCGCUGUCUUAAUUUUACUGUCGUAUCUAAAGUAAUUUCUCUCAGGUCCGUGCUUCUGUUGCUAUUUUGGUGAAGAUCGUGUCUCUCUCACAUUAGCAUAACCUGGCACCGCAGAAUGGACUCUCAAUCGCUUAAGAAUGGAGAGAAAAUAUAUUUUUAUAUUUAAAUAUCGUUAUUGCUUUGUCUGCAUAAUGGAUAUAACGGGUAGCGUAACCACGUGGACAUGUUUUAGAUCAGUAUGAUUAUGAUAUGCUCUGCUGAAUUAUAGGUAUCUUUAACCAAAAUACAUAAAUCCUUUUUCAUUAGAGGUUAGACCCCAAAGUUGAAGUGCAUCUGGUCUCAUAACAGGGAACUCACGCACAAAAACUCACACGUAAUGACUUGUGCUUGCGUUUUGUGAAUGUACAGUAGUUAACUAACCCGGCUAUGAAUGUGAAGUCUUGUUUCAAAUUGGUUGAAAUGCUUUUGAAUACGUGAUAGGAUGGUGUUAUAGAAAUAAAACAUUGUUAUUUCUUUGUUGUGGCCUGAAAGACUCACAUUUGGCCACCCUGAAUGAAUUUCGUCUGGCGCGCAUAACUAAUACAUAACUUAUUGAGUUGUAUUCCAUUACACAGUUCAUGCCUGAACGCUUUUUUAAAUUAGGAUAAUCUGUGUUAGUUUAAGCUUGGCUUUUAUAUCAAGUAGAAGCUAAUUUCUGCUACAUAAGGAAAAAAAAACGUGCAGUGAUAAAUCAAUGCCACUGACCUGGAAGUUAAAAAUGUGAGAUACAGUCAUAAUUAUGGAAUACAAAGUCAAAAUUGCAUAAAAAGUCAAUUUUUUUUGUUACAGUUUAAUGUCCUUGAUACUUUUUUUAUUCUUAUAAUUAUGAUUUACCAAAGCAUAACUUUUCUUAUGUAGAGGAAAUUGUCUUCAUUAGAUUGUGGACAGUGGCAUCUUUUUUCUACUCAUUGAUUAGAUGAUGUGUAGUUUAUAUCGUAUUUUUUUUUUUGUCGUUUGUUUUUUUUAUUUUGUUAAUGAUCCAAUCUGCCAUAUCAGUUUCUGUCACUGACCUUCCUUGCAUCUGGAUUUAUCUUAUUUGGAUGUAGAACGUACUGCUUUCCACGGUGUGUAUAACUCACUGAUCCCAAAAUUGUGUAAUGUGUAAGUGAAGCCCUUAAACUAGAGCUGUAAAUAUGAAAUGAGUGUCGGCGUACAAACAUUGCUUACUGUAUGAUAUUGACUAACUGAAACGGUCCUUAAGAUAUGUUAUAAUUAAACAUCGUUGGAACUCUAGCCUCUUGUAAAUUCAAUGAGAUGCAUUGAGCUGGUUUUCUGCAAUAUUUCUCAUCUUGUUGUGAAGGUGUUGUUUUCCUCUGUGUAUAUAGAGUCGGUACGGUGGGAUUUGUGUGCGUGACUGCUCUGUGUGGAAUAGCUUGAAUGAGCUGCAUAUGCAUUGUGCUGUUUAUCAGCGUGACUGAUAUAUUAUAAACCAUAUAAACCUUG